AGGGUCCAAGGUAGCAAAUGGAACACUAGAUUUGUAUUUGUGCGCUUUCGAGUUGACUGCUUUCCAACUGCGGUUUGCUGUCCAUUGCGAUGGACCUCUCUCUCACGCUGAGAUUCCGACCCCCGGAACUCUAUCUUAUUCCCGGAAAAUCCACCUCUCCGAUCUACUUUCCCGGAAAGCAAUAUCUACCCAUUAUUCCCCGUCUCAAGACGAACCUAGUGACCACACUUUCAACUCCAAGGCCUCACCUUGUUCUUAAGGCAAAAAUAAGGUCACCACUGGAAGGCGUAAGUGAGGAGAUGAAUGCGAUCGCUUUUCAGAACCUGGAUUUCGCUCCCGCUAGAAGACGUGUCCGCUUGGCCUUCGUGGAGGUCCAACGGCAGCUUGAUCAUUGCUUGUUCAAGAUGGCUCCUACUGGGAUCAGAACAGAGGAGUGGUACGAAAGGAACUCGAGGGGAAUGGAAAUUUUCUGUAAAAGCUGGAUGCCAGAGCCUGGUGUUCGCAUCAAAGGCGCUUUGUUCUUCUGCCAUGGAUAUGGUGAUACUUGCACAUUCUUCUUUGAAGGUAUUGCCAAGUAUAUUGCUGCAUCUGGAUAUGCUGUUUAUGCUUUGGACCAUCCUGGUUUUGGCCUUUCUGAAGGGUUGCAUGGUUACAUCCCAAGCUUUGAUGAAUUAGCUUAUAAUGUAAUAGAAAACUAUUCAAAAAUCAAAGGAAGACCUGAAUUGAGAGGGUUGCGCUGUUUUCUAUUAGGACAGUCCAUGGGCGGAGCCGUUGCUCUUAAAGUUCAUCUAAAGGAACCACGUGGAUGGAAUGGAGUCAUUCUUGUGGCCCCAAUGUGCAAAAUUGCAGAGGACGUGAAACCUCCAGCUCCAGUUCUGAAAGUGUUAACCCUCAUGUCUAAGGUCAUGCCAAAAGCAAAGCUCUUCCCUCAGAAAGAUCUAGCUGAGCUAGCCUUCAGAGAAUUGAGGAAAAGAAAAAUGGCGGCCUACAAUGUGAUCUCUUAUAAUGAACAAACGCGGUUGAAAACUGCAGUGGAACUUUUGAAAGUGACUAGUGAAAUUGAGAAACAAGUGGAGAAGGUUUCAUCUCCAUUGCUGAUUCUUCAUGGAGCUGCAGACAAGGUGACAGAUCCGUUAGUAAGCCAGUUUCUUUAUGAGAAGGCCUCUGCGAAAGACAAAACGCUAAAACUCUAUGAUGAUGGUUAUCACUGCAUUCUGGAAGGGGAACCGGAUGACAGAAUAUUUAGAGUCCUUAACGAUAUUGUUUCUUGGCUUGAUUCUAGGUGUUCCCUUGACUAGGCAAUAUGCACCAGUUCAUCCAUUGUUAUUUUCUUCUGCUGUACGCUGCCAUGCGACAUGCAAAUCCUUUUGUUGGAAGACUUUGGGCUCACACACAUUGACAAACACAGAAAGGAAGAGAGACUAUAGAGGGAAGUGGAAGAGAAGGAACAUUUUCUAUUUUGUUACUCUUGUCACUAUUGGUUAGCAAUGGACCGAUGGCGAGACUAUAUGUAGCCUUCUCAAGCCCCUUGUAGCUCCAUUCAUAUUCAAUAAAGCACCUUACAUGCAUCA